AUGGUAGAUAAUUUCGCCACUGCUCAUGCGGGAGCGGAAAAGGCUGAGGCUAGGGUCAAUGAUAUCUUCACCAUCAGGCAAAUGACGGGCGAGAUAGUGUACGCACUGGAAAAGCUUGGCACGAAGGUGCAGUGGCCACAAAAGAUGAAAUUGGAUCCGAGCACCAAGAGGUCGAAUGUCCUGUGUGAAUUCCACCAAGAGAGAGGACACAAAACCGAAGACUGCAUAGGUCUGCGACAAGAAGUAGUGAGGAUGUUAAACCAGGGAUACCUGAAAGAACUGUUGAGCGAUAAAGGAUGGACCAACUUCGCUCGUGGGUGCGACCAACCUCAAGGACCUCCAAAGCCACCAUCACCAUCUCGUACCAUACAAAUAAUCAUUGGCGGUGGUGACGAUACGGUAAUCAACCAUGUAAAAUUCACCACCACAUAUAAACUCAAGCGGACAGUUUUCCACAAACGGUAUGACGACCUCAAAGAUAGUAUCAUCUUUGAUAAGUCGGAUACCGAUGAUUUGUCUUUCCCUCACUAUGAUGCUUUGGUUAUAACUUUAUGCAUCGCGGAUACCAAUUUAAAAAGAAUAAUGGUGGAUGACGGAAGUGGUGCGUGUAUUGUUCACCCACGAGUUCUCGUGCAAACGAAACUCGAGGAUAAAAUAAUACCGCAUUUCACAACACUAACGGGUUUUAAUAAUGCAGUGGAGCGAACAUCUGGAGAAAUAGUGCUACCCAUCCUGGUCGGAGGGGUCACCCUAGAAAUGACAUUCCACGUCAUGAAUCAGGAAACAGGCUACAACGCCAUCAUAGGACGCCCAUGGAUACACGCCAUGCGAGCUGUCCCGUCAAGUUUUUACCAAAACAGGAAGCGCUCCGCGCUUCCGCGCAUACCGACCUCUGGGUCCUCUAUACCGAUGGCGCCUCUAACGUCUCAGGAUCGGGACUGGGACUCGUCCUCGAAGUCCCUACAGGCGAAGUCUGAUGUUAGACCUCAAAUAUGGCGCCCAAUGGCUCGUCCUCCAUUGCGACUCCCAACUGGUGGUGAACCAGGUCACUGGGACUUUCCAAAUAAAAGAACAGAGACUAUAGAAGUACCAGUCGGAAAUUCACAAACUGCUGCCAGAAUUCGAUGA